AGCAAACCAUUGCACUGUUCGAUUAUUGCAACUGUUGUUAUCUUUGAUGUUCUAACCCCGGUCUACUCCAGCCACCUCACCAGCCAUACUUGAAUACUUCAAAUGCGGGUCUGGUUCAAAUCUUAUCGUAAUCCUUGCAUUCAGUCAGCCCCAUCUAUCCAAGAACGAUUGUCAUAUCGCAACCAGCUACAGACACUCAUCGCCAGCACUGCGCUCACUACACACUGAACAUCUGAAUAUGGCGGUCACAAAGAACAUCAAUAUUUUCGUCACCAGCUUCCCUGGACUGGGUCUUCCUUCGACUCUCUCAUUCCCUCUGCCACAAUCCGCUCCCGUCUCGAAACUCUAUGAGCGUAUUGACGAGCGCCUGCCACGACUAGAUGCGCGACUCAUCCUGACCACUCUCUCAAACAAGGAGAUACCUUCCGCUUCUACGUCAGAAAUCUCCGAUUUUUGCGAUCCAGGCGACGACUUUAUUUCCCUCCGACUAUCUGUCCCACUAUGUGGUGGCAAAGGUGGCUUUGGUUCCCAACUGCGAGCCGCCGGCGGCCGCAUGUCCUCGAAAAAGAAGAAGAAGAACGGCGAGGAAAAUGCGUCAAGCAGAAACUUAGAUGGUCGUCGACUGCGCACAGUGAACGAGGCCAAGGCCUUAGCAGAGUACCUUGCGAUCAAGCCCGAGAUGGAAAAGGAGGAAAAGGAAAAACGCAGGCAGAGGUGGCAGCAGAUUGUUGAUGUCGCUGAGGAGAGGGAGCAUGAGAUCAGGAAUAACACGAAGGGCAGGUUAGAUGGCAAGUGGGUUGAAGACAAAGAGGAGGCAUCCGAAAGGACGAGGGAAGCCGUCCUGGCUGCCAUGAAGUCCGGCAACUACAAGGACAAUCUUCUCAGCACAUCACAUGGAUCCGCAUCGACAGAGGACUUAGCAGAUUCUUCAGACGAAGAGGCAGACGUACAGCAGUCAGGGUCGAGCAGUUCGAAAGCUUCGACGCCACCAAUCAUGUCGGCGGCCAAGAAGCCCCAGCCUCGAGCGUUCGCUGGCUUUGAGGAAGAUGACGAGUUCAUGAGCUCAAGCGAUGAAGAUGAAACUGAGACCAAGUAAAAUAUUUGACACUGGCCAGUGGAUUUAACCCGGCAAAUGGAUCGUACAUGUGUUCCAUCAAUGUGGACCUAACCCGAUGGAAUUCAGGACCGUAUAUAAAUGGAGUAGUUAGCUGGCUAUGUGCGGUUUUUGGCGUCGCAAAGGAGUUACACGGCGAUUCGCAAGGAGGACCAUGAGAGAAUCACGGUAUAGCGAGUGAA